GAAAUUUGAUGGUUCUCGUACCAUGCAUGAGCACGUUACUGAAAUGAGUAACAUUGCAGCAAGACUUAAGACUCUUGGGAUGACUGUGGAUGAGAACUUCCUAGUACAGUUUAUCAUUAACUCUUUGCCUCCCGAGUACGGUCCAUUCCAUAUGAACUAUAAUACCUUAAAGGACAAAUGGAAUGUGAAUGAAUUGCACAGUAUGCUCGUGCAAGAGGAGACAAGGCUUAAGAAUCAAGGAACUCAUUCUAUUCAUCUUGUAAGUCGUCAAGGAGCUGGAAAGAAAUAUAAGAAAAGAUCUGGAAAGGGCAUUAAGCAAGGACCACUAAAGAUAAAUGAGUCUUCUGCUCAAAUCCACAAUAAGGAACACAAGAAAAAUGUGUGUCAUUUAUGUCGCAAACCUGGGCACCAUAAAAAGGACUGCCUGAAACGUAAGGCAUGGUUCGAAAGUAAAGGGAUUCCUUUCAACCCAGACCAUAAAUCCAAAUGAAAAGUUUGUCCUCAUGGGAAAUCGAGUCAAAGCUCCAGUUGAAGCCAUUGGAACCUAUCGUUUGAUUUUAGAUACUGGACAUCAUUUAGAUUUAUUUCAAACACUUUAUGUACCUUCCAUUUCUCGCAAUUUAGUUUCUUUAUCAAAACUUGAUUCCGCUGGAUAUUUCUGUAAUGGUGGAAAUGGAUGUUUGAAUUUGUUUAAGCAAAAUCAUUUUAUUGGUUCCGCU